GGCGGCCCCGGUCCUGAGGGGCGGCCGGCGUCUGCCUGAGGUGGGGUCGGUGGGGCCGGGAGCGGUCCCGGAGGGGGAACCGAGGUGGUGGACGCAGGAAAGCUCUUCGUUCCCGGCUGGGCUCCUCCACUCCAUUUCCCGCGGGGCUUCACAGAGACGUCUCCAGCCCCGCCGUGGCGCCGCCUACCUCCUCCCCAAGCUCCGGCCACUACCGUGGCCGUCCGAGCUCCCGGCCCGCCUUCCACCGUCCGUGCGGACCCCCCGGCCUCCCCGCCCCUGCGUUCUGCUUCCCAGACGCUCCCUGGGCACUGUUAAACUUCCCGAUGCGCGUGAGUCUGGGCGCCCGGUGUACCUGGGGAAACCGCUUUUUAUCCUCCGGGCAGCCAGAACCACUGGGCAAAGGCAGAGCCUCUUUACCCGUAGCUGAGCCACACCGUGUGCCCCGAUUGUGCGCCUACGGGUCGUGUCCCCCGCCAAGACUGGAAACUGGGGGGUGGACGGGGCACGCCGCAUCCGAUCCGCCCUAAAGCCUGGCGCAGCGUCUGCCACCAAGCUGAGCGUCAAAAAACUUGUAACUUUACUUUCUCCUGGAAAAUGAGUUCACAGACUCUGAAGAAAUAGCGUUUUAGGGUAACUGGACUGGACAAAUGUCUUAAUCAAAAAAUAAAAACAAAAUCUCGGACCGGUGCUCCGGGUCAUCAGGAGCUGCCCCCCUGGAGACUGCCUCUGCACAGCUGUAGAGCUGUAGACUACAAGUCCCAGCAUGCCUCAGCGCCACGGCUCUCCUCGCCACGCCCCCUCCCUGGGGUGGGCGGGGCCCAGGCGAAGGAAGGUUCCCCCCCCACCCUGGCACAGCUUGGGGAGUGAAACGCCCCAGGCUCUCUGGGGCGCGCAAAGCGCAGGCGCAGCGGGUUGGGUGGCAGCAGCGUCGAAUAGCCGCCGGCCGUUUUGGCAGCAGCAUCCGCAACAGGUGUAGACAGGUCCCGCCCGACUCCACCCUGGAAAAUCGUUUCGAAGAAAUGGCCCUGGUGAGGGGCGGCUGGCUGUGGAGACAGAGCUCCAUCCUGCGCCGCUGGAAGCGGAACUGGUUUGCCUUGUGGCUGGACGGGACCCUGGGCUACUACCACGAUGAGACGGCGCAGGAUGAAGAGGACCGCGUGCUCAUCCACGCCAACGUCCGCGACAUAAAGGUCGGCCAGGAGUGCCAUGAUGUGCAGCCCCCAGAGGGCCGGAGCAGAGAUGGGCUGCUGACCGUGAGCCUGCGGGAGGGCGGGCGCCUGCACCUGUGCGCCGAGACCCGGGACGACGCCAUAGCCUGGAAGACGGCGCUGAUGGAGGCAAACGCCACCCCGGCCCCGGCUGGAGCCACUGUCCCUCCCAGGAGCCGCCGGGUCUGCCCCAAGGUCAGGUGUGUGACCCGUUCGUGGAGCCCCUGUCAGGUUGAGAGGCGGAUCUGGGUGCGUGUAUACAGCCCGUAUCAGGACUACUACGAAGUGGUGCCCCCCAAUGCGCACGAGGCCACCUACAUCCGCAGCUACUACGGCCCGCCCUAUGCAGGCCCCGGCGUGACGCACGUGAUAGUGCGGGAGGAUCCGUGCUACAGCUCGGGCGCGCCGCUGGCCAUGGGCAUGCUCGCGGGCGCCGCCACAGGGGCCGCGCUCGGCUCGCUCAUGUGGUCCCCUUGCUGGUUCUGAGCCCCGGGCCUUGCAGCGCUGGACCCUGCGCCUAGACUACCGGCCUCUCUUCCUCAUGGACCCCGCCCUGCGCCACCCGCUUUGGCCCUCUGCUCUCUGUCACUAGCUCCUUCUGGGCUUGGACCAACCCUCCUCUCCCUCUUCGAAAGUUACCAUCCCAGGCGCAAAGAACCCUGGGUACCCUCCCCUCUAUUGCCAGAGCCCCCAUAAGCCCCCUCGUAGUCGCAGGUGCGUGGACUCCCUCCCAACACACCAGGGCCACAACAAACUCAACUGCCUUGGGCUCCUCGUGGCCCAGGCGCUGGAGGCGCGGCACGAGGUCGGUGAGCUCUCUGCCCUCUCCUUAAGGAGCUCCAGGCCCGAUGGGGGCAGUGGGGGAACAGGCGUCGACAGACAUUGAGAAAGCUGUGGAGUUACCAGCCCUUUGGCAAGGACGGGAGCCAGGCAGGUAGGCUGGGAGCCCUGCCCGGCUAUGGUGCAGAGCCGCGAGCAGCCCCGCAUGUCCCAGGAGGUCAGGGCAAGUUCGCUGGGGCUGGAGGGAGGCAGGGGCAGUGCAGUGUGGUGGAUGAAGGGGAGAGGUGCGCUUGCAGCCGAGGGGAGCUGAAUGACCUAGCUGCCGUGGACCUAGGGCCCAUUUGUUCAUACUGACUCGCACACACCCACGCCCCAAACACUCCGAGUUUAGCCCCUUCCUUCCCACGAGCAGCCUCCUGGGUUCCCUGUGCCCCGGGAUGACAACUGAGCUGACCCUGGGGACUCCUGGUCGGGGGCCAGGUGAGCUCUGCUCGGGACCUCCAGCCCUAGGAAAUUAUCUCCAUCAGGAAAUGCCUUUGUGUCCCAGGAGCUCAGCUGUCGGUCCGCAGCCGCAGCUGUCGCCAUCUCAGGCUUUGUCUCUUCCUUUACUCCGGGGCCUGAUCCACCUUUGUACCGGCCUGGGAAGCCCCACGUGUGCCUGCCUGCAGGUGGCCCAGCAGUCUCCACCCCCACCUUGGUCGCCUUCAGUCUCUCCCCCUCUCCUGUCCCCAUCACCGGUAGAUGCUAACCUUUCUGCCCAGAGGCUAAUAAAGGCGUGGCUGGCUCUC